AUGGGACACACUCCCAUCAUCAGUAUUGAGACCCAUCAUCGUUCAUACCUUCAAACUGCUACGAAAAUAAUGGAAAAGCACCUAGGGAAGCCACAGGCAAAGCAGUUCAUGUUUCUGGUGUCCCUUAUUUGUCUGCCCCAUGUAAAAGGCUUCCCAUGCCGGGAAUCGAACCCGGGCCGCGUGGGUCGGUUCCCUACUUUGUAUUCUGGUGUUCACAGGUCUGAAACCAAUCAUUUCGUUUAUGUUUGUAUGCCCCUUUCUGUCGAUGGUCGGAAUUGGAGAAACGUUAUUAGCCAACGUAUCGAGUUUUAUCCUGGUUCCUUGUGCGGAAAGGCUUGUCCCGCUCUUGAUUUCAGUGGAAAAGGUUUGGAUGUCAUUUCGAGACCUGAAGAAUUUGGAGUUAGUAGUCGCUUGGUGGUUGGCGAAUCAUAUUACGACUUACAAUGUAAACCAGGUCAUAAAUAUAACUCGUCAGUGCACGAUGUUUCUGGGAAGCAAGUACUUUUCUGUGACCCAAAAACCGGGAGUUACAUAGAUUUCACAAAUAACAACAAAACUCAGGCAUUUGUUGAAGGUUGUAGUAUGGUUUCUGGUAGUGGAUGCCCUGAUUUGAGUGUUCCAAAUAGUGUUAUAACAUACAGUAACUGUGAUAAUGGAUACAAAAGUGGUUGUAGAGUGACUAUGAGUUGUGCAACGGGAUACAUUCCUAUGAACGUGAAGUAUCAUGAAACUGGUACACAAACAUUAAUUUGCUCCUCUGGCUCUGAAUGGGAGGAAGAAAAUGGUCAAGAUAAACCAGCAAUCUUGCAGUGUGUCGCUGCAUGUAGAAUGGAUAACACAACAAUUGAUGCGAAUGUACUGAUAUCUAGAAACACAACGAGAAAGUUUUUAGUGCUAGGUGUCACUUACAUUUUAGAAGGAGAUUCUGUCUUCAUCAAAUGCCGUGGGGAUUCUAUUAUUUGGGAACAAAAUAUUGAACUCACUCAACAAGAGCAUCUUUUCGUUUGCGGUGGAGGACCACUCGGUUUUAUUCGAAAUGAGGACCACAUGUCCACUGUUCAACUUGGCGAAGGAUGUGUUCCAACCUGUUCAUCUCUACCAACAUCGAAUUUGGGCAAUUUGAACCUAGUCGUAAAUAUUCCCACAAUCGUGCAGUAUCUCGGGAAGUCCUUAGUUGCUAACGGUUUGGAGUAUACUUUCAGUUGCAAAGAAAAUUAUAUGUAUCCGAGUGGAAGCUCUCCUUCUCUAACUGGGUUAGAAAAAUUCCGUUGUGAUGGUAUCAAUGGGGAGUUUAUCAAUUCAGUCACCAAUCAAGUGUAUCACGCACCAACAGCGUGUACGCGAAGUACUUAUCUCGAUGAAUGUAUUAAAUUGAUAUCAGAUGAAUCUAGAGUAAUUCAAACAAUAUAUCAAUGUCAUGAUGCUGGUGAUAAUUUCUAUCGCGCAGGAUGCUCUAUUACAUCAAAGUGUUUACCGAAUUUUAUGCCUGAAUCCAAUACUUAUUACAUUCCUUCUGGUGAACAGAAAAUAAUUUGUGGGGAUGGAGGAGCAGGAUGGAGAGACCAGUUUGGAAACAUUAUAUCGGAAGGCUUCAAGUGCGUACCUGGUUGCAAACCAUAUGAAAAUUCUCAUGAAUAUAUACGUAUACAUGAGAAAACCUUUUACAUAAACGGAUUGAAGAUCGAAUGCAAAGAAAUAGAUGUCAUAAAGAAUCAAACAAGCUCUCAUAAUCAUCCUUAUUUCUGUGAAGACAAUAGUUCUAACAACUCAACCGACAAAGGAUGUACCAAUGCUUGUAAGCAGAUUGUAACUCUCCCCGCUGGUGUUGAAAUUUUCAAAGUUCUAAAUAUCAUAAGACUCGUAGAUCAACAUACUUUCCAGAACCCAGAGCCGAAACAGUUAGAGGAAGGGUAUCCGUAUAUUGCUGGAAACUCUGAAUAUGUUCUCCGUUGUCAGAAUGGGUUCACUUAUGAAUCAACUUCGAGUCAUUCGAGUUUGGGACGCCAAACUCUCCGUUGCAAUCCAACAACAAAUCAGUAUGAUGACAUUGACACGAAUAUAACAAAUGCCAGGAUUGAGUCUUGUGUUGAAUCUCAAGGGUGUCAAGUUAUGACCCUGCCACCCAAUGUAUUAGAAACUGUUCAAAGUUCCGGAUGUACUCGAACCGCAGGCUUCUUUAGCAACGGUUGUACAAUCACUUAUCAAUGUACACCUGGAUUUUUCCCGAGCGAUCGCUAUACACUAUAUUUCGGAUCACAAACAGCUCAAUGUUCUAGUUCAAAUAAAACUUGGUUAGAUAGAGAUGGAAAUCCAUUCACAUCUAUAACAACAUGCUCUUACGGUUGUGCAAAUUUGAAUCUAACUGAACUGGUGACUUUGCAGUAUGAAUCCACGGAAAUAUUUUAUGAAACGUUUUCCGACUUAGAGGCGGACGAUUUUGAAUGCUAUUCGAGAUCAAUGUACACAACCUUAAUCGAAGUUAUACAACAAGUGAGGCGCAACAGCUAUAUUUGUCCAAAGCAGACUCAUACCAAUCAAACUCAUAUAAGCGGAAACCAAGAAUUGUUAUGCAAAGAUGCUUGCCCAGUUCUUCUAUCCAGUGGCUUGCCAGAAGGUGUUCAGUUCUCAAAAAAUCCAAUAGUAUUCAACCCGUAUAAUCAAGCAGCGUUUCUUGGAAUCAACAAAACAGUUGUUUUGCAAUGCCAAACGGGAUAUGAAUAUUUGACUGGUAGCGUAUAUUCUUCUGCUCGUAAACAGGAGUUUCUAUGCGAUUCAUCUUUGAAAUAUUUUGAUAUACAAGCGAACACCUUCAACUCUGUCAUACAGCCGUGUACACAAGUAUCAGGAGCCCAAGCUCCAGCUGCUUCAAAUGUUAACCGAACAAAGGAUAUCAAUUGUGAAGAAAGCAACGGUAUUUAUAGAGUAGGAUGCAAGCUGACUGUGAAAUGUAUAGAAGGAGCUUACCCGAGCAAUCCAUUGUAUUUCCAACUGGCCGAGCAAAACCUUGAGCUAAUCAUGGAUCCCGUCGUAGGGGUCGUUUGGGUCGAUAGUAUAACCAGAACAAAAGUUGAUUAUCUCUCCUGCUCCCUGGGAUGUUUACCAUUAUCUAUUAUAAAUCUGAAUAUCACAACUACCACUUCAAUUGCUAGAUAUGGAAGCGUUACAGCGAGAUGUCAACUUAAAAGCGAAGACCUGUCCAUCGGAUUGUUGCCCAAUGGCACGGCAAGAUACUUCUGUGAACUUCAAGGAGGAGGAACACAUGUUAACACUACAUCUCCUUGUACGAAUGUUUGUGAAAUUCCUAACUAUGACAAAACUCUGACAGUUCGAGUAGUUAUGCCAAUGGCUGUACCAUUCUCACAAUACAUGGUACUCACUUCACCUAUGAGCGCUUUGUGUCCUCCAGGAAAACAGUGGCCUAGUUUGGGACAAGCUCAGAGAGGACUAGUUUGCAGUGAAAACAACGAAGUUAGAGACAGUUUGACCAAUACAAUUGUGCGAUACAUAACUGACACAUGUGCAUAA